AUGGGGUACGGAUGGGUCAACACGCUUCUUGCCGCAGAGGUUUGCAUCUCACUGGGUGUGGUUUUAUUUGUGCAGUAUACGGAAAUUGAUUGGAAUGCCUAUAUGCAAGAGGUCAAGGGAUUUCUUGGAGGUGAGCUUGAUUACAGGAAACUUAGGGGCGAUACAGGACCUCUCGUUUACCCAGGCGGUUUCGUGUGGACAUACAGUGCUCUUUACUUUAUCACUAAGGAGGGAAAGGACAUUGCGAUGGCCCAGUGGUUGUAUGCAGGAAUGUACAUCAUGCUUUUUGCCAUGGUCGCUCAGUUGUACGUCCGGUGUAAGGUUCGUGGGCGUCUGCUUAUUCGCCUUCUUCUUUCGAAGCGUAUCCGGUCACUUUUUCUACUGCGUCUUUUUAACGAUUGUUGGGCCGUAUUACUCUUGUAUUUUGCCGUUGUCGCACUCGCCGGUGGGCGUCGGUGGAAGCUUGGAUGCUUGCUUUACAGCAUAGCCGUGUCUGUAAAGAUGAAUAUCCUUCUAUUUGCUCCGGGGCUACUGUUGAUUCUCUGCCGAUCACUUCCGUGGUACAGUGUUAUUUCGUGCCUUGCUGUAUGUGCCCUGUGGCAAGUGGGGGUGGCGCUCCCGUUUCUUUUGUGGGAGCCGCAGGGGUACAUGCUAAAGGCCUUUGAACUAGGACGCGUAUUUACGUACCGUUGGACUGUUAACUUCAAGUGUAUCCCUGAAGAGGUGUUCGUGUCGCGAGAGUUCGGCCAGGUUUUGUUGCUCCUCACCGUAUUGAGUUGGCUUCUGCUCUGGCGUAGGCGGUGGUCAGGACGCCGCUUCCUGCGCGCCCAGGCGAUAACCCUGAAAAGCGUUGGGCGUGGGGGGGUCCGAGAGGUUGAUGUGCGUGUCUCAGACGACGAGGUGUAUCGUAACAUUGUCCUGACCAUGAUGGAGUCCAACCUGAUUGGGGUCAUAUUUGCGCGUUCCCUUCACUACCAGUUCUUGGUGUGGUUCUUCCACUCAAUGCCAAUGGUGCUGUCCGCGACACGGUUGCCCUUCCCGCUUCAGAUUGCCGCGGUUGUGGCGGUGCAGUACGGGUUUGAGGUAUACCCUAGCACGGCACAGUCGUCUCUGGUGCUGCUCUGCGGCUUCCUUGUGACGUGGUGUGGUGUUGUGUGGAUGGGCCAAGAAAGCGACCGUGCCAACAUCCAGCGGCGCAAGCGCGAAGCUGCACGGGGGACGGCCUUGGCGGUGGCCCCGGCUGUUUCCGCUGCAAAAUCUUGA